UCUUAUUUCACGUGUAGCGGCUAGUUUUCGUUUUUCUUGAAUUUGCUUAAACUAUUUUAAAAUGAAACGCCUGAGUGACGAACGUGCCAAGAUCCUGUUCGAGAAGCUUUCCAAAUAUAUUGGUACAAAUGUGAAGCAAUUGAUUGAUCGGCCUGAUGGAACCUACUGCUUUCGCGAGCACAAGGAUCGUGUUUACUACGUGUCGGAGCGCAUCCUGAAGCUGAGCGAAUGUUUCGGCUACAAGCAGCUAGUGUGCGUAGGCACUUGCUUUGGAAAGUUCUCCAAGACGAACAAGCUAAAGUUCCAAAUCACAGCCCUAAAUUACCUGGCACCCUACGCGCAGUACAAGGUGUGGGUGAAGUCCUCGUUCGAGCAGCAGUUCCUGUACGGCAACCAUAUCCCCAAGACUGGUCUGGGUCGCAUCACGGAAAACGCCGCACAGUACCAGGGCGUAGUGGUGUACUCGAUGAACGAUCUGCCUCUCGGAUUUGGCGUCCUGGCCCGCUCUACCACAGACUGCAAGACCGCCGAUCCCCUGACCACUGUCUGCUUUCACCAAUCGGACAUAGGCGAGUACAUUCGCACCGAAGACACGCUGUUUUAGAACCGUAUAUUUUAAGUGCUCUAGUUUUACAUGUUUUUCUAACCAUGUUUAGGUAAAUUAAAAUUCUACAGAAAAAUUGA